UAAACGGGUCUCUUACUUCACUCCCACUCUCUCCCCCUUCGCAUUCGGUCCGAAGACGCCGAGAGAAAACUACGGAGGCAGAAUUUUCAAUUUCGAUUCAAACCAUGAGCAACGAAUAUGAUUAUUUGUUCAAGCUCUUGCUAAUCGGCGACUCUUCUGUUGGAAAGUCGUGCCUUCUUCUCAGAUUUGCGGAUGAUUCCUAUGUGGAUAGCUAUAUAAGUACGAUUGGAGUUGAUUUCAAAAUCAGAACUGUGGAACUGGAUGGAAAGACCGUUAAGCUCCAGAUUUGGGACACUGCUGGUCAGGAGAGAUUCAGGACUAUAACAAGCAGCUAUUACAGAGGAGCACAUGGAAUAAUUAUUGUUUAUGAUGUCACUGAGAUGGAGAGCUUUAACAACGUCAAGCAAUGGCUGAAUGAGAUUGAUAGAUAUGCUAAUGAUAGUGUAUGCAAGCUUUUAGUAGGAAAUAAGUGUGAUUUAGUUGAGAACAAGGUUGUUGACACAGAGACAGCAAAGGCAUUUGCAGACGAGCUUGGAAUUCCUUUUCUGGAGACGAGUGCAAAAGACUCGAUCAAUGUGGAGCAAGCUUUCUUAACUAUGGCUGCUGAAAUAAAGAAAAAAAUGGGAAGCCAGCCAAGUUCGUCGAUGUCGUCGGGGAAUGUACAAAUGAAGGGGCAACCAAUUGAGCAAAAGAGCAGCUGUUGCAGUUGAAAAGAAGAAGAAGAAGUCGCCUAAUUAUAUAAAAGGUAAAAUCUAAGUUAACAGGUUUCUUAAGAAGAAGUCGUCUUUACUUUGUGUUGGCUCAAGGAUUUCAAUGUUAUGGUGAAUUGUUCCCUAUUUGAAACGUUUCUGUGUAUAAAUGUUUUGUGACAGUCACCUUUGGAUACUUUUCUGUCUCUCCUAAUCAUCUCCAUACACUAAAUUCUGGAGAGAAUUAUAUCAGUGUAGUUUGGAGUAAAGAAAAUCAUUCCGACAUUCAUUGAGGAC